CGAGCGUCACCUCAUUUGCAUUAGGCGGGUCUUAGCAGGUUUAUCUGCUCGUCCAAUGAAAGUAAAAGCCGUUGAUCAAAACAGUCGCUUUUGAGAGUGUUGCCAGUAUUUGUCUGUUUUUCCCCGUUUCUCUUCAGGCUGGGCUUAGCGUGCUCCCACAUUUCGAGCUGGGUGCCUCAGCUGAUUGACUUAUUGACACACAGUCAGUUAGCUUAGUCUAACCAGAGUCAGAAGGCGUCAGAAAGGGCUACUGCGUACAAUCGGUAAGUAUGGUGGAGGUUUUCUCGGGCCGAGCACUUAUAAACAAAGAAGGCGACCUCGUCGACCCAGAACAGGCUCUCCGGAACAAAGUUGUGGGGCUGUAUUUUUCCGCCGGGUGGUGUCCACCCUGCCGGGACUUCACCCCGGUGCUGUGUGAUUUUUACACCGAGCUGGUGGAGGAGAGCGACCCUCCGGCACAGCUCGAGAUAGUUUUUAUAUCCUCUGACAAGUCCACAGAAGACAUGGUGGAGUAUUACCACGACAUGCACGGAGACUGGCUCGCCCUGCCCUGGACCGACCAGUACAAACAUGAGCUCAAGAAGAGGUACAACAUCACUGCCGUCCCCAAGCUGGUGAUAGUGAAAGAGAACGGACAGGUCAUCACAGACAAAGGCCGGAAGCAGAUCCGAGACCAAGGCCUGGCCUGUUUCGGGAACUGGCUGGAGGUGGCUGAAAUCUUCCAGAACUUUAAAUGCUGAUGUCUGGCAAGAGCACUUGCUUGCGCCAUGCCACAGGUCCAAAGGGCUAGCGAAAAACUGUGAAUUUUGCAUCAAGCACUUUGAGAGGAGAUCUGGACACUUGCUAUGCCACCGUAGCCAUAAGCUUUAAGAAGGCCUUAUAUCAGGAGGCCGACAAACUUGAGAAGAAUGAGAAAAAAUGCUUUUGCUACUUCUGAAAAAUGAUAUUAUUUGCACUGCUGUUUUUGUAUUAGUGUUUUUCUCUAUUUUAGGACAAAAGAUCAAUGUGCUGCUACGUUUCUUGGGGACUUGCAGCUGUUGUUUUUAUGCAUAGCAUUGUCAUGGUGCUACCGAGUCAUUUAGCGUCCCCAGCGUUUCAUUAAAGCACUGUGAUAUA